CAGAAGAUGGCCACCACAAAAGGACAGUCUUUUCAUUCAAAAAGGAAUAUCUUUUCAGCUAGAACCUAAUAAACAAUGGUUUGAGACUUUGAGUUGUGCCUAAGAGGCUAAGAGCCCCAACCAAAUUCUUGAUCGGUUUUCGUCGAGAAGUUGCUGCUUGAACCGAAGGAUCUUAGGGAACAUGAGCGGCAGUAGUGGCGGUGGGAGUGGCCAUUAUUAUGACUAUAUGCCAGAUCAGGUUCAGAGAUAUGUGCAGAGAGAUGAGUUUGAGAGUGUCCAUGGUAUUCCUAGUCGGUACAACUGGAACAGAUCGCAGCCUGGAUUUCCUCCGGUUGAAGAGCCUGGUAAUCAGUACAACUGGAACAGACCGCAACCUGGAUUUCAUCACUCUCGGCUAGAAGAGCCUGGUAAUCAGUACAACCGGAACAGAAUUCAAACCAGAUUACCUCACUGGGAAGAGGCUCCAUCCUUCCCGAGCCAGGACCCAGGCUAUCCUCGAAGGUUUCCAAAUCCAAGGAGACCCAUCGGAGCGCCUCUCAGAUUCAACAGCAUUCAAUCAGGAAAUAGGCCACCAGCCCCGCCACGCCCCCCAAUCCGAGUUGUUGUUCUUGAAGACAGCGUGUCAGCAAACGCUUGGCAAACUCAAUUGGCUCGACUGGAUCACUCUCCUCCUUCUCGUUCUCCUCCUCCUCCUCCUUUCCGCCUGUUCAUGCAGCAGCGCGAAGACGAUAAUCCUCAGUCCUCGACCAACGAAUCCAAGCUAACCACAGACGAGCAGCACAAGGUGUUAGCUAAGCUCAGGAAAGAAAUUUACAACCCCGCAACACCUCUCCCGAACCUCUACUUCAGGGACAGGAACCGCAACACCACACAGACACAGGAGGCGUCAAAGGACAAAGACGAGAACUGGAAGAGGUGCGCGGUUUGCCUGGAAGAUUUCGAGGCCCGGGAAGUCGUCACUCUCACUCCCUGCAACCACAUGUUUCACGAGGACUGCAUUGUCCCCUGGGUGAAGAACCACGGGCUGUGCCCUGUCUGCCGCUUCGCCAUUUGUGAGAGGCUCAAGGAGAAUGCUGCCCCGCCUGCGCCUCCAAGACGCACCGGGGUUCCUCCACCUCGCCGUCUCCUUCCUCCCCCGCCUCCGGCUCGUGAUAACGACAUGCUUGCCAUAAUGAGAGCACUUGUGUUGGAGGAUGACUAUGAGUUGCAGAACAUGAUACCUGCUCUGUUGGGAAGAUAAGCAGAGAAGAUGUAAACAAAUAAAUCAAUAUCUUGAAUUUACUUCCAAAAUUUGAACAAGUAUGCAAUACUAAAUCCCCAAGAAUAAAAUAAGAAUACUAUUUAAGUUCA